GGAAUAAGGAGCAACAGGCUUCUGUCUCUCCUCAUCCUCAGCCUCCCCUUCAACUUGUUUAUUCUCCCAGAAACCUCCUUAUAACAUAUUCCGUCUCCCCAGUUUGCUUAUGCUUGAAAAGUAGGCCCAAGAUAACAGCCUUAGGAACACAAUGAUUUCUCCUGGCUUUUUGCUUGUUUGUGUAAAGAGCAACUUUGAGAAGGGUAUAAGAGAACAAAUUGCCUUCCUAGACUCAGCCAAGACUGCUCCCCCUAGAAAAUGCCCUCCUCCCCAAAGCCCGCCCCCUCAGAGGAGGCAGGGUUUUUCUUUUGGGCAAACCUGCUCCUUGGGAGAGGAGGUGGCAAAACCUGUUUGAAGAUGAGGUUACCUCCCUUCCACACCUCCCUCCUUGGAGGCCAGAACUACCACAGCUGAGACAAAAAAGGUAAAGAAGUGUUGGGGGCUGGGACACCCAGCUCCCCAACAACUCUUAGGUGUUUAAAGAAGACAGGAAGACUUGUGAAGAUGGGAACCAUACAAGAGGCAGGAAAAAAGACGUUAGAUGUUGGGGUCAGGGAGAGUGGAGAAGCAGCAGAACUAGGAGCAGCCCUGAGACGUGGGGAAUUAGAGCUGAAGGAGGAAUGGCAGGAUGAAGAAUUCCCUAGAGUUCACCCCCUAUUAUCACUGUCACAUACAAGGAAUUCUAGCCCUCUCGGCCCCCCAACACACACAUCCAUCUUGGUUCUCUUUUUCCUCCUUUCUCCAACCGCAGGUACCCCCCUCACUUUAGCCCUGUGUGGCCAGCGCCCCAUGCGCAAGCGUCUUUCUGCCCCAGAGUUGCGACUGAGUCUGACUAAGGGGCCUGGAAAUGAUGGAGCUUCGCCCACCCAGUCUGCACCUUCCUCUCCUGAUGGGAGUUCUGACCUGGAAGUAGACGAAUUAGAGACACCUUCAGACUCGGAGCAGCUGGACAGUGGACACGAAUUUGAAUGGGAAGGUGGGAAGCAAACCAGAGGACCCAGAGCUGGUAGAAGUAGAGGCUAUCUUGCCAUUUAUUUCCUGUUCCACACCUCCAUUGUCUUCUUCUCUGCCUUCGUCACUGACCUGCGUGUCUUCUCUGUUGCCCAGGCUGCAGUGCAGCUGCGAAAAAACCUGCGAGCCCUGGUGGUUGUCCACGCCACGUGGUAUGUGAAGGCAUUUCUGGCACUGCUUCGGCCCUUUAUCAGUUCCAAAUUCACACGAAAAAUCCGUUUUCUGGACAGCCUGGAGGAGCUGGCCCAACUCAUAUCCCUGGAUCAAGUCCACAUCCCUGAAGCUGUCAGACAGCUGGACCAGGAUCUCCAUGGCUCAGGAGGGACCUAGCACAGGACUGGAUAAAGGGCCUUAGAACCAAGCAAAGAUGGUGAUCUGCCUGCACUUGAAUCCCAGAAACAUCUGAGCUGUUUUGUAAAUCAUCUUAUCCCCAACCUCAGUACCACCGGAUCUUCACUUCUCAGUGGGAUUUCAUCCUUUGCAUGACCCCUGCCUUCGGGGGGCUUUGAGACUGGGACUGAUCUUCUGGGUGACUUUCAUUCCAGCUGUUGGGGUGGAAGGCUGAGUGUAGGGUCAUUUUGUAUGGGAUAUGCAGAGCUGUGGGUUUUAAUCCUGCUUUCGCUGUAGAACCUUGGGCAAAUACCUUCAUCUUUUUGAGUCCUCAUUUUCUUCCUCUCUAACUGGAGGGGCUGUGAUCCUUCCACCUUGGAUGGAAGAGGCUUACUUGACAGCCAGCCUGCCUGCUGGGAGCCGGGAGAGCCAGCUCAUUAAAUCUUGAAGAACCGCUGUAUGCCCUUUUUCCUUCUAAGUCAUGUCUGCUGCCUGUGAGCCUGGGAAGGAGUGCUUUCAAAACCUGUAUAUUUGCCCUCUUGAGUAAAUUGAGAUCUGUAGCGGCUAAUAAACUGCGAUGAGACAUUUAAGCUCUG